CCGGAAGAGAAGGGCAGUUAGUGUUGUUCGGGGGUCAACAGUGAAACAUAACAUCACAUUAUUGCUCUUAAUCUCAGAUUGUCGUGACAGUAUUUGUCCUAAUAGAGAUUAUGGAGUCUUCACCCAAAGUAAAGAGAACCACUAAACCUCGAGAUGGAAAAGGUGGACAAAAUCUUCCCAGAUCCCAGAAAGACGCGUACGCCCGACUUCUGAAUCAGCAUCAGAAUGGCAAGUUUCGAUCUUACUUGCAAGAGUUUGCAAAGCAGCAGGCGCAAACAGAAGAGAACGCAAGUUCAUCAAAUGAUGCGAACAGAAGAAUAAAAGCCAAUUCAGAGUCAUCUUACUGCAGUGAUAGCUUACCCUCUCAACAGAGUAGGCAGAUGGCCGACACUUCUAACUGUGUGAACGUGGACAAAAUGGCCUAUCAAGUCACAUGCACUGAGGACCGGGACAUGAAACCUGACGUGCUGGAGAAGCAUGCCAAGACAGAGUUACAUAAGGCUGCUGUGCCCAAAAAGUUACCUUCCAAACAGCAACAGAAGAGAAGUGAAAAAGACAUGAAAGCCAGCACAAGUCUGGUGGGAUCUAAGGAAGGUGACGGUCAGCAGUUGAGUGGUUCAUGUGGGGAAGAACAAGCCAAGAAAAAAUCAAAGAAGAAGAGAUCAAAAGGGAAUUUGGAUAAAAAACCGAAAGAGGCUUGCGGUCCUGAAGUUGAAGCCAUUGCUGCUGGGUAUACACCAAAUAAAAAAGCUCCACAAACUCAAGUUUCAAAAGAAAGUUUACGCCAAAGUGAAAAGGAUAAAUGGAAUAAAGGUGGCAGAGGGUUACGAAAGCAACUGUUCGAGCAGUACAUGUCCACAGAGGAUGUGUCUGCUGGCCUGAAGAGAGGACAGCUCAUUCAGGGAGUACUGAGAAUAAACCCCAAGAAGUACAAGGAAGCUUUUGUCCCGUCUCCUGAUGGCUCUGCUGAUAUCUUUCUGGAUGGGAUUCCAGCUCGUAACAGGGCUCUAAAUGGAGAUGUUGUCGUGGUGAAAGUACUCCCCCCUGAACAGUGGAAGGCAAUCAAUGGAGAUGUAAAUGAGAGCAGUGCAGCCAAUCAGAAUACAUCAAAGGGUCGCAAUGUCAUAGUGGAGGCCCAUUUUAAUGAAGAUAAUGAGGUGAUCAGUAAAAUGGAGAAUGUCAGUCUUCAUGAUAAAGCCCCUGCCGAACAUGUAAAUGCAUCCAACACUCCUGGACCGAGUUCAGAGAAAGCAGUGCAAAGAACUGGAAAGGUUGUGUUCAUUGUUGAGCAGAAGCAUUCCAGGGCAGCAUCAGGCUUCCUCAAAUUUCUCCCCGACAAGAAUUUUGCCAUGUUCUCUCCUGUGGACCAUCGAGUACCGAGAGUUAACGUGCCUCUAGCAGACUGUCCUGCAGAUUUCAUCACCAGACCUGGAGACUAUGAAAACACUCUCUUCAUCUGUCGCAUAACACACUGGCCAGCAGACAACAACUUUGCUGAAGGGCGGCUUGCGAAAACUUUAGGACAAGCAGGUGAAAUAGAGCCAGAAACUGAAGGCAUGCUGGCUGAAUAUGAUGUGGACUUUUCCGAGUUUUCAGAUGAGGUCUUAGGAUGUCUUCCUCAAGAUCUGCCCUGGAGCAUCCCUGCUCGUGAGCUCUCAAGAAGAAGAGAUCUCAGAAAAGAAUGCAUCUUUACGAUCGACCCAUCUACAGCCAGAGAUCUGGAUGAUGCUCUGUCUUGCAAACAACUCUCGGAUGGUAAUUUCGAGGUUGGUGUUCAUAUAGCUGAUGUGAGUUAUUUUGUGGAGGAAGCAAAUGCCUUGGAUCAGAUUGCCAGCCGAAGAGCCACAAGUGUCUAUCUGGUCCAAAAGGUGAUCCCCAUGUUACCUCGUCUCCUGUGUGAGGAGCUGUGCAGCUUGAAUCCUCUGACAGAUCGACUGACAUUCUCAGUCAUUUGGAAGCUUUCACCAGAGGGGAAGAUCCUGAGCGAGUGGUUUGGCCGCUCUGUCAUCUGUUCCUGCAUUAAGCUGAGUUAUGAUCACGCUCAGAGCAUGAUUGAAGCUCCUGAAAAGAGCUUCCAUGCUGAAGAGCUGCCGCCCUGCUCCCCACACCAUUCCAUCCCUGAGAUACAGGAGGCUGUCCUCAACUUGCACAAUAUCGCCAAACAACUGCGGGCCCAGCGCUUCGAGGGUGGAGCUCUGAGGCUUGACCAGCUGAAGUUGUCUUUCACCCUGGAUAAAGAGUCCAGCAUGCCUCAGGGCUGUUAUGUCUAUCAGUAUCGGGACAGCAACAAACUAGUUGAGGAGUUCAUGUUGCUGGCGAACAUGGCGGUGGCUCAUCAGAUCUACCGCUCGUACCCAGAGCUGGCACUGCUGAGGAGACACCCGCCACCUCAGAGCAAGAUGGUGGAUGACCUGCAGGAGUUCUGUGAUCAGAUGGGCCUUGACAUCGACUUUUCUUCAUCUGGAGCGCUGCAUAGGACUUUGCAUCAAAACCUUGGUAAUGACGAGUAUACAGCAGCCAGGAAGGAAGUUCUCACUAAUAUGUGCUCCAGGCCAAUGCAGAUGGCAGUGUAUUUCUGUACUGGAGCGCUGAAGGACGAGAAGCUCUUCCAUCACUAUGCUCUGAACGUACCUCUCUACACACACUUCACCUCCCCUAUACGACGCUACGCUGAUGUCAUAGUGCACCGUCUUCUGGCCGCCUCCCUCAAUUGUGGGCCGCGUUUGGGUCUCUCAGGGGAGGACGUUCACAAACAGGCGUCACACUGCAAUGACAGGAAGACUGCUUCAAAGAGAGUUCAAGAGUUGAGCUCUGAGCUUUUCUUUGGUAUCUUUGUGAAGGAGUGUGGUCCUCUGGACUCUGAGGCUAUGGUCAUGGGAGUUCUGGAUCAGUCCUUUGAUGUGUUGGUGCUUCGCUAUGGAGUGCAGAAACGAAUCUACUGUAAUGCAUUGGAGGGACUAAAGACAUUCCACUUCCGUAAAGUGGGGAAGAGACCAGAGAUGACGCUUGUUUGGAGAACAGACGACCCGAGAAAAGACCCCAUACAACAGGAGAUCUCCAUUUUCACCCUGUUGAAUGUUCAGCUGAAGGCUGACGGAGCUCCUAUGAAGUACAGCGCUGUGCUCAAGAGACCCUCGGACAACACACAUUCAUAAACACACACUCGUAUGAAAUAGCACAAACACUAUUUUAUAAUUUCCGCAGGUUUCAGUAUUGUUUUUUUUUUAUCUUCUUAACCAAACAGCAGGGACCUGUGAUUGGUCCCCUCAACAAUUAGCUGCACAAGAUGCAUAUCAAUAGUGAUUCAGGCUGAUUUCUAUUUAUUAUGAAAGCAACAAGAUACCAUGAACUGUUUUUUAGUUUAAAGUGAUUUUUAUUUGAUUUUUAACAUUUUGUUCUUAAAUCUUGAAAUUACAUUUGAGUUGAUGGCAUUACAUAUGCAAGUUUUUGGAAUAUUUAGCUUUAGCCUCAGGAAGUGUUAAAAGUUUUUGUGUUCAGGGAUGUUGCCAAAUAAUUUAAACUUCAGCUUGGGUUUUAAUAUCUCGAUUUUAAAUAAAGCUGAACUUCUCUUAAAUCCAGAGAUUUUUGACUAGUUUUCAAAGUGAAUCUUUGUUCUUAAUUUUUAAUGCUAGUAUUUUAUUUCCACUAUUUCACCGUUGUGUGCUCUGUAACAUUUGGGCAUUAUUUCUGUUCUGCCUUAAAAAUGCUAGUUUAUGCAGCCUUUACAUGAGAGUUGAGCACUUUAGAAAUGGUGUUUUUUUUUUUUUUUUUUCUCAACUUAAGUUGCAGAUAUGUUAAUGAUUAUUUUGUUUUCCCAAUGGGAAGCAUGGAGCCCUUAAUGAAGAUGCUAUUUUAAUAAGUGAUUUUGGACAAAUGGAUUAGUUUGGUUGAGAGGUUUCUUGGUUUUGUCUGCACAUACUGUAUCUGUUUUGUGUUUUUUUUUUUUUUUUUUUUUUUUUUUUUAAAUCAUUUGUUGUUUACAGUAGAUGGGUGCUUUUUAAUUAAUUUUAUUGUUGUUUUUUUUUUAAACUGUUUGUAGUUAAUAUAAAGGCUCAUCCCUAAAUUCAACCACUUGCAUACCAUUUCACAGACACUCUUCUACUCUUACACCACUUUGAUAUGACAACCUGUAAUUUGUGUCAGUUUUACAGUUCAUUUAAUGUUAUUUUUUUCUGUUUAGGUUUUUUGCACAUGGAAUGAUAAUCUGAUAUUACCAAUUAAUACUCAAGAGCACAUUAUUAGGAACACUAUGGUUCUAAUAAAGUACCCAAUGUGGUCUUCUGCUGUUGUAGCUCAUCUGCCUCAAGAUUCGAUGUGUUGUGCAUUUUGAGAUGCUAUUCUGUUCAAUAUAAUUGUACAGAGUGGUUAGCUCAGUUACCGUAGCCUUUCUGUCAGCUUGAUCCAGUAUGCACUCUUCGCUCACGGGAUAUUUUUUUUUUUUUUUUUUGGCACCAUUCUGAGUAAACUCUAGAAAUACUAGCAGUUACAGAAAUACUCAAACCAGCCCGUCUGGCAACAACAGUCAUGCCAAUUUCAAAAUCACUGAUCACAUUUUUUUCCCCAUUCUGAUGGUUGAUGUGAAUAACUGAAUCUCCUGACCCAUAUCUGAAUGAUUUUAUGCAUUGCACUGCUGCCACAUGAUUGGCUGAUUAGAUAAUCGCAUGAAUAAGUAGGUGUACAUGUGUUCCUAAUAAAGUGCUUAGUGAGUGUAAUGUUAGUGAUAUUACCAACAAUUGGACCAUGUCAAUUAUUGGACAAUUAUUGAUCUAGAAAACAAUGUGUUAUCUACCCUAUACUGUGAUAUGUCAUGCUUAGGACCAAUUACUGCAGUGAAAACACUUUCUAUAACCAGCAAUAACUUGUAAGUCAAUAAGUCUAGAAAAUGCAGCUGCCAUCAGCUUCCUUUAAAGGGAUAGAUCAUCCAAGAAUUAAAAUUCUGUCAUCGUUUACUCUCCCAACUUGUAUGACUUCCCUUCUUGUGUCUGUCACAACAUUCUGCUUAAAAUCUUCAUUUGUGUUCCAAGAAAGAAUGUCAGAUGUGUUUGGAAUAACAUGGAGUAAAUGAUGACAGAAUUUUUAUUUUUGGGUGAAAUGUCCCUUUAAACUGAAACUUUGUCAAUUAAAGAAUCACAUACUUUUAACAAGAAAGCAGCUGUAUGAUGUCCAAUAGAUAAAUCGAUAGCUGUUUUUUUUUAUAUAUAAUUAAAAUAACUGCUGUAUAAAAAGGUGAGAAAUGGCAGUGAGAAAUGAAAAAUUGUCCAGUGGUAUAGUUGUAACAGCCCAGUAGUUUUGCUCCAUGUAUAAAUUGUCAAAUUGUCAGAGCUGCAUAUGAUGUUUCAUUAGAGGCUUGUGUUGUCAGCACUCCUGUAGGUCUUAAACUUGAUGUAAGUGCACACUUAUUGUUACACUGGUCUAAAAAAAAGUUGUCCAGUGGUAUAGUUGUAACAGCCCAGUAGUUUUGCUCCAUGUAUAAAUUGUCAAAUUGUCAGAGCUGCAUAUGAUGUUUCAUUAGAGGCUUGUGUUGUCCGCACUCCUGUAGGUGUUAAACUUGAUGUAGGUGCACAUUUAUUGUUACAUUGGUCUAAAAGUACAGUCCUGAAAGAAAUCUUUAAAGAUUUGGCCACAAAUAAGGUUAAAAUUGACUGUAUUGACUGCAAAACUAUAAAUCAAUUACAC